CUGUGAGCCCACUCGCUCGGCAGUCCGCAAGGCCCACACCCGCCUCACUCCUCCACCGGCGCCGCACCCGCCCGCCGCCGCCGCCCUCGCCCAGCCAUCGCCGCCGUCUCCACGCACGGGCCCACCCACCUCGCCGCGCCCGCCCGUCCGCCUCCAGCCAGCUCACCGGCUCCCGAGCCACCCGACCACAUGCCGCCCCUCCGCCCCCCGCCGCCGCGGCUCCUCCUCAACAACGUCUCGUGCAUGCGGAACGCGCAGACGGUGCUCCGCGACAUCAACCUCAGCGUCCACGACGGAACGGCCCUCGUCCUGACCGGCGCCAACGGCUCCGGCAAGACCACCCUCCUCCGCAUGCUGGCCGGAUUCUCGCGCCCCUCGGCCGGGGAGAUCCUCUGGAACGGCCACGACGUCACCUCCCCGGGCGUGUUCCAGCAGUACAAGCUGCAGCUCAACUGGAUGUCGCUCAAGGACGCCGUCAAGGAGAAGCUCACGGUGCUGGAGAACGUGCAGUGGUUCGAGCUCCUCGAGGGGAAGGACGGCAGCAGGUCGGGGCCGGCCAUCGAGCUCAUGGGGCUCGGCAGGCUCAUGAACGAGAAGGCCAGGAUGCUCUCCAUGGGGCAGAGGAAGCGGCUGCAGCUCGCCAGGUUGCUCGCCAUUGACCGCCCGAUCUGGCUGCUGGAUGAGCCCUCCGUCGCGCUGGAUGCGGAGGGUACCAGGCUGCUCGAGUACAUCAUCGCGGAGCACCGGAAGAAGGGUGGGAUCGUGUUCGUGGCGACGCAUCUUCCGAUCGAGAUUGAGGAUUCCAUGUCCCUUCGGCUUCCGCAGAGGUUCCCCCGGAGGAAGACGCUGGUUGAUCUUGUCCAUUGAUGUCAACUAGGUUUUACUGAUGUGUUGCCUAUCCAUCUGAAGCUUCAGCUGGUGGAAACAAGGAAACUUGACCAAAUUUGCAGACCUUUGUAUCGAAUCAGGUAACUGAUGUACGGUUUAUGAGCAUCUGUUCUCACACUUUUAUCAGUCUAUGCAUCAAUUAACAUUGAUUUCUGUCCUCAUAGUCACGUUUAGUCUGAAUCUGUUUAUUAUUUUACAGCUUAGAAAUCUUUAUGCAGCUAAUCCUGCACACAAUAUGUUCAGUACAAGUGCUGACUGCAUUUCUGAAAUGUGGUGUUGUAUUUAACUGAUGAACAACACUUGAUCUACAUUUAAUCGCUAUCCACUUGGUUUGUCUCUUCUGACAGCCCUAGUUUACAUAUCCUUUGUGGUCAUGGGAAUCCUCUGCAUAAAUCAGAAAGUAACGUUACAUCUCUAUAAAUUUGGAUCUACUGAAAACAAUUUAUCACCAUUGAAGUUAUUGGUAAUCACCAAUCAGUUUGCAAGCUGCAAAGAAAAUCGUAGUGCUAAUUGUAGAAGAACUGUGAGGAAAAGAUCAUUUCUUCAAGUUGAGGCAUUUCCAUGUGCUAUGUAUAAGUCAGGAUAGGCAGUACCUUGAUUUAUUGAGAGCUUAUUGGUUGGAUAUUGAAAGAGGUAUUGAGUUCAGUCCAACUGGACUUUUGCUGUAGUGAGAACUUCUUUGUGAAGCGUAUGUCAGAACAGAACAAUAAAGAUCAGUAUGACCAAUACAUUGUUCCAUAUCAUGUAGUCGUGCAGACAUUUCCAUGGUUACCAGUUAGCAAAUUGGCGUGCAUAUUUUACGCAUUGUUUCCAUCGAUGCUAUGUGUGCUUGGUUAUUCGGUGCUCCCAUCCAUUCAUGUCUGCUGAAAAAGAUUACAAUCUGUUGUAUCCAUAAAUAAAGGCCACAGAUUUUCUGGAGGAAGUUGCUUGCUUUGUCAGAUUUAUUAAACAGUUCUGAUCCCCUCUACAUACCAUCGAAUUAAAUUUCUGUGCCCUGUACAAUUUACCAAGCUGUUUCAGGUGUCAAUUCACAGCAUGCUGUUUAGGACAUUGCAUUCAUUUACAUUUUCUGCCAAAAAUACCUUUUCGUUUUCUUGGAUAUAGUUUUCAAACAUAACGAUAAUAAUUCUUAUAUGUACAUAGUUGUCUUUAUGAAGUUGAGCUUCUCGCCAAUAAUUGAAAUGUUCUGAUUCUGGAAGCAAAGUAUGAGCAAAGGCUGAUAUAAAAAGAAGAGUUUCUUCCUCCUAGGAAAUUUGAAUAAGAAAUUGAUGUUGCCAACCAAUGGCAACCAUGGAAAUAACUCAACAAAAAUAUAGUCUGUAUAUUUAUGUAAAUUCUUGUUCAUGCUAUGGAUUUAAUAUACUGCCAGCUUCUAGUUGUUCCAAGCUAGUGUCUGCUAUUUAUCAUUCUGGACAUAUUUUCCUUUUAUAAUAUGUACGAACAGCUCGAAAUAUUGUGAUUCCUUGUUCUAACCAUGCGCUUCGUACUAAACCUUAAGAAAUACUAGUAUCUGCAGAAAUUUAUACAUCAUGCGGAGAUCUGUCUUCAUAGAGCAAAAAGAAAGCCAAAGGACAAGGCUGUCCUGUGUUUACUCUCACAGUACACUGGCGCAGGCUGUAAGAAAAGAGCAGUGAAUGCAGCAGAAAUAAGUCUCUGGGGACCAUUGGAGGUGCUCUCUGACCGCAUUCUUGAGGUAGCUGGCCCACUAUUCAAGACAAGAGAGAGUUCAUUUGACUGAACAAGCAAACUCCAAGAUCCAAAGAUACACAAGUUUUAAGAUAGCAGGAGACAUGUAAGGAUGGAUUUGCACGGGGCGCUUCAAUCCAAUGAAGACAGUGGAGAGCAAUGGCGAGGGAGGCAUGGCCGGCUUCACUGAACAAGAGGAAAGGUAAAGAAAAACCACGAGCGCUCAUAGCAAUGGUAACUUCCUGGUGCAUGACAAAGAGAAGGAAGAAACCCCUAAACAAGGACUCCCCAAUUCGAUGGGUGCAGCUGGACCGGACCCUACAUUGUAAAUCUGCGCCUGUCCCGUUGCUCAGAUGGUCAGGGCGUGGUAUGGGUCCAUGCACACAUGCCCGAAGAGUGAUGCAAUGUUGACGGCGACCAGUGAGCCCCCAUCGCAAGCGUCGUCGCAGCCAGGCGGCAGCGUCCUUGAAUUGAGACGGAUCAGAGAAGCCGAUGUGAGCGGCAGCCGGCCGACCGGUCUUGCGAGCCGAGCACGCUCGGGUGGGCUGAGGUUCUAGACGGUGUACGUGUGCUCGAGGCAACUGGGUUUGCGAACAGGUUUGGAUUCCCAAAGGCGUCAUUGGGGGUCCAGAUCGGUUGGAAGAAGGCAACUUUCUGAUCCUGCAGACGGUGUGUGCGCCUUCUUGACCAGGGGUGUUUGUUGCGGACAUGGCGUGCCUGACCGAGUCUGCCUUGGCGUCCUCCAUGGGGAAGAAGAUUUCGUGGCAAUAUGAGGUGGCCGCCGCCGUCGUAGAAGGGAAAAAGGGCUUCUGGCUAAGGCAGUUGAUGUGCUGGAUUUCAUCUGAAGUCGUGUUCAUGUCUACUAGUAUAUAUGGGAGAAAAAUGACCUGUACUGUACACGCCACCUUCGAUGGUGCAAAUUUCGAGGUGGAGUCUCGCAUGUUUCCGAGAAGGCAGGUAUUGGUACGGAACAAGAACAAUAAACUCAAGUGUUCAUCAAUUGGGACCCCGUUUAGAUGCAUUGCAAAUGUUAUAAUUU